AGCAACGCCGCUUCCACGACAGCGUUCCGCGACAGCCAUGGGAGGUCUGUGCAGCGGAAAGCAGGUCGACGCGCCAGUGGAGGAGAAUGAGGUUAUUCUCAAUGUUUACGACGUGGGCACUAGCAUUGCCAUGCAUGAUCUGAACAAUGUGUUGCAUAUGAUCGGCACGGGUGUCUACCAUGCGAGCACUCAAAUCGGCGAAGACGUGGAGUGGGCCUAUGGAUUUUGCGAGAAGGGAUCAGGCGUUUUCCAUUGUCCGCCUAAGGCUUACCCUUUCACUUUCAGAGAGUCCAUCAACAUGGGCAAGUCCCCCCUCUCAAAGGAGGAGAUCACAGCAACCAUUGAGAAGUUGAAAAAGCAUUGGCUUGGUAGUGACUAUGACCUGUUGCAUCAGAAUUGUUGCCACUUCGCUGUGGCCCUGUGCAAAGCACUCAAGGUGAAAGAAGUGCCCUCGUGGGUGACCAACCUGGCCGCUGCUGGCGCGGCGAUCAUGGCUGAAGAACACGCCCUGGAAGAAGCGAUGCACGUGGCAGCCGUGAAGGUGG